GUUACAGUGAGGCAUAAAAGACAGAAAAGCUGGCUAGAAAUUGCUCUUCUCUCUCUUAUUUGGAGGUCCCUCACUCAGGAAAUGUCAGCAAGCUUCAACAGGAUGUGGAGGCAGCUUUUGUCACGUUAUGUCCUUUCUGCACUACCUGCUUGGUUUAAACAGUAAACCUUAAAAAGUUUAGAGCCGAACGUGAUAACCAUCAAGUUUGAAGAAGUUAAAGUUGUGGUGUUCAGUUGACUGCUGUACAAAAUGAAACCCUGCAAAAGUAUUUAGGUGACUAAGAGAUGCAGCGGAGCUGUGGUGGUCUUGUGGUUUUGUCCCAUGAUGCACGGAGAUGUUAAAGCAGCCACAUAUUGCUGCUGUUAAACACUGUGUGAAAUGGUGACAAUGAAUGCAGACAAGUGGAUCCCCUUUUUCGCCCUCUGGGUGCUCAGUGUCUCUUCAGAUGGUGAAGGAGUCUGUAAGAGACAUGAAGUCAGCGCUGCUCUUGGCUCUUCUGUGGUCUUGCCCUGCCACUUUUUAUCAAAUGACUCCAGCUGGGUUGAAUGGACUCAGGAAGAUAGACGAAAUGUGGACCUGGUUCGUCUCUCAUCUAAAGGACGCAUUCUUUACCUGAACCCCAGAUCUGGGCGAGUGAAAACCUUUCCCAUCCAGGCUUCAGAGAGGAAUUACUCUAUCAUCAUUGAUGAGCUCCAAAACUCUGAUAUAGGUUCUUACUACUGCAAGCAGAGCGAUGAAUGCUUUGAAGUGAAGUUGUCCAAAGACGGAUGUUUUAAAACUCAAGAAAUCAGAUCUCCACUUGGCUCUUCUGUGGUCUUGCCCUGCAACUUUUCAUCAGUUGACUCCAGCUGGGUUGAAUGGACUCAGGCUAAGGAAGAUGGACAAAAUGUGGACCUGGUUCGUCUGUCAUCUAAGGGACACAUUUUUUACCUGAACCCCAGAUCUGGGCGAGUGAAAACCUUUCCCAUCCAGGCUUCAGAGAGGAAAUACUCUAUCGUCAUUGAUGAGCUCCAAAACUCUGAUUUGGGUUCUUACUACUGCGAGGACAGUGAUGAAUGCUUUGAAGUUCAAGUGAAGUUGCCAGUGGACAAAGGUGAGCUGAGCUCAGAGACCUAUCUUCUGAUCUCCAUCUGUACUGGUGCAGCUGCCUUGAUCCUCCUCACCCUUUUGGGCUACUUCUGCUAUUUGAAAUGCAAUUGCUUUUCCAACAAAAGUAGGGGCGAUGAUGUGAUCAUUACAGUCAGUGGAACUACAGGUCCCAGUGCUCCACAACUCGAAGGCGGCGUAAACAGACUUCCAACAGGAGGCAAUAAUCUUGACAAUAAUCUUGUUUAUGAAAAUGAUGACCAGUACUUAAACCCAUCCAGAAAUCCAAGUGGGCAAUCAGGAGCUGUGCAGCAUGGGAAUCAGCCUGAUCAGAGUGGGAUUGGAAUUUAUCCAAAUCUGGAUGAGUUCAAGUUUCAAAGAGAGGAAAGUCAGAGGACAAAGCAGAGAUUUCAUUUAGAGCUCUUCAGCAGGAUACGACAAGCCAGUAUGAAUCGCCAUUUUUAUGCGAACCAGGGAGAGAUCCGUAGACAGCAAGCCAUGGCAGCACAAGCAGAGAAUAAUAGAGCAGGGAAGGGCAGGAGGAAACCCAAAGACUCGUGUGAAUACAAAAACCCCAUUUACAACAGGAGCACAGACCAACUCAACCGACUCUAGACGUUUCAGGGGUCUGCUUUCUUUAUACUGAUGGAUAUUUACUGAUGAUGCUGCUUUUAAGUCUUACCGCAAUGUAUGUUUCUGUAUCUUGUUUCUCUAAAGCUUUUUAAUAAUAAUAAAAAAUACAUAAAUCAUAAAUAAAAAC